UCAUUAUAAAAAUUAUUCUCAUCUUGAAUUACAUACUCUAUUCUUUUAGAAGAAAAAUCUCAAAGCCCUUAUAUAUAUAUCCAAAUCUUCCAAGCUAAGCCUUAAAAGCAUACUAUUAUAUGAUGACGAGCUUUUGCAGUGAAAAAGUCUACCCGUUCUUGUGUAUAUCAAAUUCCAAACACAAUGGAACACUUCUAGACCUUUCCCUCCCCUGCCUAAAUAUUUUCACCGCCGCAUCAAUCGGCGGCGACAACUUUGACCCUCAAAACACAACCAAUUACUCCAUGACACCACCAGCCGCCGCCGCCACAGGGAAAAAGGAUCCCGGCGGAAUUGGGUUCUUAGACGAAGUUGGGGGGAGUGUUGAUGGAUUAAUGUCUUGUACAGAGAGUCUCGGUUUCGAGAGCUCCGAUGAGAGGACAGUAGAUGAUCAAAUUGAGGAUCUAGGUUAUCGUGACGAAUUAGCUUUGUUGUCUAGGAAAUCAAAUUGUAGCAAUAAUAGUUCAAGGUGCUGGCAAAGAAGUCAUUUGGGCGAGAAGAAAGAAAAGAAGGAGUUUCCACCGCCAUUAUCGUCGUUGAGUCAAGAUGGAAAGCCCAAUUUCUUCAUGCGUGCGGUGAGGAAAGAUGGACGGUUAGAAUUGACAGAGGUGAAAAUUGAUAGGCCCAAAACUUUCCGUGCUUCCCGCCAAGAUGGACGGUUGAGAUUGCAUCUAAUUCGCGAUCUCGAAGAAGAAGAAGAAGACGAAGAUUUUGCCGUGGAAACAGAGGAAGACGUAGAGGAUGAAGAGGAAGAAGUAGAUAUUGAAGAGUGGAGGUUUCCGGUGACGGGAAGUGGAAUUGGAGAUAGUCAUCGGAGAUGUUACGGCGACCAUGGUAAUAACCACCACCAUCACGACCGUAAUUUACAUUUGUGGAGGCAACGGUGUGUGACAACUAGGUGAAUUUAAAUGAAGCCAUCCAUGUGAAUCUGUUUUUCGUUCAACUACGUACUCUGCCAUUUGCAGGGGAAUCUAAAAAAAAACUGAAAAAAUGAGGACCCAAUGAAGUUGGAAUUGAGAAUCUGCAGGCGGCAGCCACUGAAAUUAAGAACCUUGAAUUGCGCUAGCAGUUGGAAAAAAGCAUCGGGAUUCUGUUUUGCAUCAGAGCAGUAUCGGCGCAGAGAGAGAGGGAAGAGAAGAAUCAGUUACCUAAAUUUCUGAAAUGAAUACAGUAUUAAAAAAAUCAAGAAUUAUUUUUAGUUAUCUUGUCAUUUCAUUAAUGGUAAAUAGAAUAAAAAAAUUUAAAAUUAAAUUUAUUUCUAA